AUGUCGCGCGCGAAUAAUACAGUAUUGUUUUCUGCACCUGCCAAUUUCGUUCUUGGUCCUAAUUGUGCGGCAGCCGCCAAUCCCAGCACCUCAACAAGCUUUCCAAUUGUGAGCAACCUGGAGGUUAAUAGUGGUACUGAUCGGGCUGCUAAUCAGCGCAUUCCUAUGACACAAGCUGAGAGUGCUCUUCGCGGGCCAAGAAAAAAUAGCCACAUAAUGGAAGAAAUGGCACUGGAGUUGCAGCAACAAGGUGUGCAUUUCACAGCGGGUGAAAUAAAAUCAAAAAUGCACAAUCUUUCGCAAAGAUACAGGAAAGAGAAGACAGCAGUCGGGUCAACUGGCGGUUCUCCCUCGCAGUGGCCAUUUUAUGAAAGAAUGAGAGCCGUAUUUUCGCCGUACGUCAGCUACAACACCGAGGGCUUAGUGGAGGAAAGCUUCCAAAGUUCUACUACCUCCAAAGCACUGCAAAUUUCGGUGAAAACGGCUGCGUCUUCUUCAUUUGUUGCUACAUCACCAUUGCCAUCACCGGCUUGCUCACCUUCGCCCUCAGCGAUGAUGAUUUCGCCAACCGAUACUUCCUCAUUGACAAUAUCAUUUUCAGAGUCUAAUAUUAAACAAAAUUGGAAAAAUUGA